AUUGCUACCUUGGUAUAUCGCGUGACACUGCCUUACGAGCGACAUCGUUUCAAAGUCAAGCUGUUUUACUCACCGUCCUGUUCUUGAUACUUUCCAUCAAAGCAGGCAUAGUAUUGCGUGAACUGCAGCUACUAAUCUUUGCAUCAUCUUGUCUUUAGUCUUUCCGCCGCCAGUUGAUUGCACAACAAUGAGCCCCAAACGCGAAAGAGAAGACGGUGGCAACGGGGAAAAGCCCCAACAUAAGAAAAAAGAGGAGGUCGCCCACCCACGGAAGCGGUUCUACCGGGCUCGCGCCCACAGCAACCCGCUGAACGACGCCUCCUUCGACGUGCCCACUCGGCCAGAGGACUUUGACUGGACGGACCACUUCCCAGAGUUCCUUCAGGAGUGGCGGGAACGGCAGCAGCAGCAGCAGCCGGAAGCAGCAGCCGCCCCCGCCUCUGGUGACGCCGCGGAUGGCUCAUCAACAGCCGCCCCAGCGUCCACAUCUGCACCCUCCUCCUCCUCCUCUCCCUCAGAGCAGCCUCUGGUUCGCUUCGUGGAUAUUGGCUGUGGCUUCGGCGGGCUGCUGGUCAAGCUGUCGACCAUCUACCCGGACACGCUGAUGCUGGGGAUGGAGAUCCGAGACAAGGUCUCGGAGUACGUGCGGGAGCGGAUAGCCGCCCUCCGCCGCGAGCAGCCCGGCAGCUACCGCAACGCCUCCGUGAUGCGCACCAACGCCAUGAAGUACCUGCCCAACUACUUCCACAAGGGCCAGCUCACCAAGAUGUUCUUCCUCUUCCCGGACCCCCACUUCAAGGCCGCCAACCACCGGCGCCGCAUCAUCAACACGCACCUGCUCACCGAGUAUGCGCACCUGCUGGCGCCCGGCGGCUGGCUGUACACCAUCAGCGAUGUACCGGAGCUGGGGGAGUGGAUGCGCUCCAAGCUCGAGUCGCACCCGCUGUUCGAGCGCGUGAGCGAGGAGGAGCUGGCAGCCGACCCGGCUGCCGGGCUGCUGGCGCUCAGCAGCGAGGAGGGGCAGAAGGUGGCGCGCAACGGGGGAGCGACCUUCCGUAACGUGUACAGACGACUGGCGGCGCCACGACAGCUGCAGCAGCAGCAGCAGCAGGAACAGGAAAAGCAGGAGUAACUGAAGUAGAGUGGAGGCGGGCUGAGGUGGAAGCAGCGGCGGGGCGGCGGCAGGAGCAACAAAGCGGAGGAGUGAUGGAAGCCCUGUCUAUGAUAGGGCGGUAGACCCUUGCCAUGGUCAAAAGGUGGAAACUAGUCUUGUGUAGGCGAUCACGGUUUGAGAGGGGCAGCAAUGAGGAGUAGCAAAGGGAUAGGUGGUGGGUGUGUCGAUGCGCGAUUGGUGCAUGGGAGCAUCGAAGGAAGCACUGGAAUCCCCAGCCCAUUGCCCAUGAGAAGAGUAGGGAAGGGCUGAGGAGCGGUGUAGGAGAGCCGUUUGAGUCCUAUGUAAGAACGGGCUGGGAGGCUUCGGUCCUUGGGAUUGCGAGGAGGCGUGGAUUGAGAAGUGGCGGCUUCUGGGUUUGGCUUGAGCUGCCCCAUGCAACGGUGCUUGAACUGGGUUUCGUGAUGGUGUUUUACGCCAAGGC